AUGGUAUCAAUUUGGUUCUUGAUCUCUCUUCUGGGUCAAACAUACGCACAAUCUACUUGUUAUGCACUUACCAUGGAAGGAGGAGGAAGCCAUGGAGCAUAUGAAGCAGGAUCUAUUCAAGAAUUAGCUUAUACAGCCCCAGUGAGUGUUGCCUACAAUGUGGUAACAGGGAUUUCCACAGGAGCUCUCAAUGCAGGAGGUGUGGCUCAAUUUAAACAAGGAAAUGAAAAAGCAAUGGCUGAUUUUCUCGUGAAUACUUGGCUUACUCUAAAUGGUUCCGCAAGUGUUUAUGUUGAAUGGGACGGCGGACUGCUUGAAGGACUUCUAUUUCAAAGAGGGAUUUACGACAACAAGCCUCUUGUAAAAACCUUGAACUCAAGAUAUACAUAUGGAAUAAAUAGAAAUAUUACAAUCGGCUCCACAAACUUAGACACUGGGCUCUUUGGCCAAUUUAAUGAAAGUUUAGGCUCCAAAGACAUCAUUACAGCUAUUACUUGCUCUGCUUGUCCUCCUUGGUAUUUCCCUCCUACAAACUUUUUGGGCAGCACUUGGGUUGAUGGAGGAGUUGUGAUAAAUCUUGAUGUUUUUGCAGCAGUUAAUAGAUGCCUUGAUGUAACUGGAGGAGACCAGUCUAAGAUCACGGUCGAUAUGAUUUAUGAUUAUGGAGACAGCCCACUUCCAGCGGAAACCAAUAUGACGACCUUAUAUAUUUUCAAGCGAGUUAGUGAGAUACGCAACUACGACAGUCAGAUGUGGUUUUACUAUAACGCAUUAACAGCAUGGCCAAAAGUUAACUACAGAUAUGUCAUUUUCGCUAGUCAACCUAUGUCUGGCGGAUUUGUUCCUCUUGAUUUCAACCAAACUUGAGUACAUUAAUACAAAUGUUUAAGAUGUCUAACGCUACACUCCCACUAAAGGAAUAGAACCAAAAUGGUGAUGCCACGAGCAUUUCCGAUCAAAAGGUGAGGACCGUCCUUAAGAAGCCACUUGUUAUCCUGACCUGUGCUUCUCAUGCGCACGAUGCAAUUGCUCUUGCCUGACUAAGCUCCCACAGUGCUCCGCCUAAGGGUCACCCUCCUUAGAUGUACUGAGUGGUGAAUCUCUAAGCCUCUUGGUUGCACUGUGGAGCACUUCCUCUGAUAUCCCCAAACCCUAAGCCGCUAUUUCUGUGCAGAAGUUCUCGAAAGAAAACAAAUUUCUCUCGAACUGAAUGCCAUUUUAUGUAUGAUUUUAAUCAAACAACUCUCGAAUGGGAAGUCCAGCUCGGCAAAAACGACACUGCCAAAGUCAUCAGUGAAGGAAUAGAUGGGAAAACAAUUUUAACGGAGAGAUAUCUCAAGAACAAGAGUAAAAUCAUUUACCCUUAA